AUGAACUCGGGCCAGAGAACCGCCAGGCGGCUGGUCGCAUCAUCGACCCGCACGACACAAGAAUCCGUCUGCAACUCUUGCCUCGCCCGGAUAUCUCAACACCGCUCAGCAUCCACCGCCGCAGCUGUCGCCCCUGAGGUCUCGACCUCGUCGCAAGUCUCACAGAAUGCAUCUGCCGCCCCAGCCGUCCGACCAGCAUAUCAGCUUCGCACUGGCGUAGUACUAUCACGACCUCCUGUUUUGACUCGCUCUCUUCAUCCUUUCGAAAAAGCCUUCUUCCUUUACCAAAAACGCCUGAACGAACGUCUGGCUCUCCCUUUCACACGCUACUUCUACUAUAAGAAGGGAACCCCGGGAGAGCGCGAAUGGAAGCGCAAGAUCGCGCUGAGGAAGACUCCUGCUCGUGAUGUUGGUGUCUACAAUGCAUACAGCGAGUCUGGUUGGAACGAUGAAGUUCUGGUCAACGACAAGACAAGCGAGCCCGAAUCACAGGUCGAGGCUUUGAUCAGAGAUGCUGAGGGUACCGAUGGCGAGGCAGGAGCAAAGAGAGAGACUAGCCAGGACAUUGUUGUGCAACGGCCAUUGCCUAGAGUCACAGAGCAGGAUCAAAAGGGCGACCAAACCAGCUUGAACAGACUGCUUGACAGAACCCUGUACUUGCUGGUCAAGAACAAGAAUGGUAUUUGGAGAUUCCCCGAGGACGAAAUCAAGGGUCCCGAGGGUCUGGACCAGGCUGCCGAGCGUAUUAUCGUACAAGCAGGAGGUAUCAACAUGAACACAUGGGUCGUUGGAAACGCACCCAUUGGCCACUACUCUGGAAACUUCAAGAAGACCAUCACCAACAGCGAAAAGAAGGUCGAGGAGAUCGGCGAGCGCACCUUCUUCAUGAAGGCUCGCAUCAUGGCUGGCCAGGCCAACCUCAAGGCCAACACAUACGGCGACAAGGAGUUCAAGUGGCUCUCGAGCGAAGAGAUUCAGAAGAUCGUCACUCCCAAGUACUGGAGCGCUAUCGCCAAUAUGCUCACAGGAAGAUAG